AUGACGGAAUCUUUUGUCGAGAAAGGCGAUGAUGCCAGAUAUGGCGAGGGUUAUUGCACCGACUUGGAGACCAUUCGCAAGAUGGAGUACCCUCUGCUCAAUGAGACCAUCUAUCUUGAUCACGCUGGAACAACGCUCUAUGCCAAGUCUCUGAUUGGGUCAUUCUCGCAAGACAUGAUGUCCAAUUUAUACGGGAACCCCCAUUCCAUGUCUCAAUCCUCACAACGAUCUACGAAGCGGACGGAAGAUGUGCGACUCCGAGCCCUUCAAUUUUUCAAUGCGGACCCAGAUGAGUACGAUCUGGUUUUUGUGGCCAAUGCCACCGGUGCUAUCAAGCUAGUCGCCGAAUCGUUCCGGGAUUUGGAUCCUCGGGGCUUCUGGUAUGGGUACCAUAUCGACUCCCAUACCAGUCUUGUUGGGGUGCGGGAGAUCGCCAAUAUGGGUUACGAGUGCUUUCGAGAUGUUGAAGUGGACGCGUGGAUCUCAGAAUUUGGCCCCGAACAACCGAGAACGCCCAAGCUGCUUGCCUUUCCGGCACAGUCUAAUCUAAACGGCCGACGUCUUCCCGUCCGUUGGUGUAAGCAGAUCCGCAGCGCUGCUAGUGCGGGCGGAGGCAAUAUCUUCAGCCUACUGGAUGCCGCCUCAUAUGUGUCAACGGCACCACUAGAAGUGAAUGACUUAGCGCCCGACUUUGUCGCGCUCAGCUUCUACAAGAUAUUUGGCUUUCCCGACCUAGGUGCGUUGAUUGUUCGGAAAAGCGCCGCCCGGGCCUUUGAGAGGCGCAAGUUUUUUGGUGGAGGCACUGUGGAUAUGGUGUUAGCAUCAGGAGCACAAUGGCAUGCAAAGAAGGAAACCUCCAUUCACGAGCAGCUUGAAGAUGGCACUCUUCCCUUUCACAACAUUAUUGCAUUAGGUGCCGCCUUGGAUACGCACAAGCGUAUUUACGGUUCAAUGGCCAAUAUCUCCGCCCAUACCGGGUUGCUUGCCAAGCAGGUUUAUGACAGUCUCUCUUCGUUGAGACAUUACAAUCGCACAAACGUUUGCCGGAUCUAUCAAUCAGGCUAUGGCAAUCUCGCGUUACAAGGCCCAAUUGUCGCGUUCAAUUUAAAGAACAGUCGAGGCGAGUGGAUCCCUAAAACCGAUAUCGAGAGACUGGCAGCGGCACGGAAUAUCCACCUGCGUUCUGGGUCCGUCUGUAACCCAGGCGGCACGGCCUCAUCUCUUGGCUGGAGCGCUGCCGCUCUUAGCCGUCAUUAUGCGGCAGGCUUGCGUUGCGGCGAUGACCAUGAUGUGUUAGACGGGCGACCCACGGGGGUUCUUCGUAUCAGCCUGGGUGCAAUGACCAAUCUCAGAGAUGUCCAGUCUCUAAUCCAAUUCAUCAAAGAGAUUUACGUGGAGAGCGUCCCACCGGUUGCAUUGCCAGCCUCUUCUCUAAAAGGCAGCGUGCUUAUCGCACCUCGUUUCUAUAUCGAGAGUUUGGCAGUGUUCCCAAUCAGAGGCUGUGGUGCCUUUAAAAUCCCCGCAAGCAAGUCUUGGGAAGUCAACAGUGAAGGAUUAGCAUGGGAUCAGACAUGGUGUCUAGUUCACGAGAAGACUGGAAAGGGGCUGGAUGAGCAGACGUAUCCGCGGAUGGCACAUAUUCUUCCGACGGUUGAUCCGGAACGCGAAAGCCUUCUCGUGUCAUACGAUCGGACGGUUGAUCCUGCUCACGACAUCGUUCGCGUCUCAUGCGCUCCGCCAGCUUCAAAGGGGCAAAUUAGCCUGGAAAUUCCUCUUGACUGGGCGAAAACGAGUCUGGUAACUACGUCAAAAUCUGACACAAGCAGUAGCUACAAGGAAGGGACAUCCACACAAUCCCAUUUCUCAAAUCUAACGAAAACCUUUUUCUCUGAGAUUUUAGGUGUGCCCUGCACCCUCGCCCGGUGCUCUUCCCAAUCCACUGGCCAGUUUCAGCCACCACAACCGAGCAAUACUUGCGGGGGUCGAAUGCGCAAGCUCUUCAGGACUAAGGCCAGUCAUGAAAAUGGCCAGCGCUCCCAUAUUUCAUCUAAUGAGCCUACUAGGCCGAUCGUUUCAAAACAAUCAGCUAUCCACCACAUAACCCAAGCCACCGCCGUCCACGCCACGCGAGGGAUUGCAAUCAGCAAGCCAAUGACCGCAGAAAUGUUCCGUGCAAAUAUUGUCGUUGCUGAGCGAGGGAAUAUGGUCGACGCACAGAAGUCCAACGCCGAACACCACUGGUCGUCUCUCUGCAUCGGCCAAGACCGGGUCUAUCUUGAUGUUCUUAAGAAUGACCGGCGCAGUCAGACUGGGAGCAGUGACCGAACCACAGGCACAGAUCGUGCCAAGUCAUUUGCGCGCGUCAUUAUACGCCAAGCUAACGGUGAGAAUCUGCUGGGCACAUACGCCAUCCUUCCCACGGAGGACGUCGACAUUUGUGAGUCUGAGAAAUUCGGUGGUAAAACAAUUGCGGUGAUGGAUGUGGUUUUUCCUUCGUCUAAAGGUGAAUAA